CCCCCGGCCAUCUCGCCUCCAACUCCACCGCACCGUUUCUUUCUUCUCCUCCUUUUCCCCACCCUGAAGCAAGCAACCAAGCUCAGCUACUGCCGCUCACCUCAGCCGCUCCUGACAACAACAGCAACCGCGAGCGGCGCGCGGGCGCCAUGAACCUGCCCGUGGCGCUCGCCAUCCUCUUCUUCUGCGUCCUCCUCCUCGCCUCCGCCGCCAUCGCCGUCCUCCUCAUCCGCCACUGCCUCGCCGCCCUCCGCCGCCCGGACGCCGACCCCGAGGCGCGAGCGGUGGUGGUGCCCCAGCUGCCGCAGUACGAGCUGGCCUUGUCAGCGGAGGCGCCAGCCGCAGCAGAGCAAGCGACCGACCACAAGGACGCGCCGCGGCGGCUCACGUGGCCCGAGGUGGAGGCGCUGACCGGCGGCUUCGACGAAGCGGCCGUCGUGGGCCGGGGCGGCUCCAGCACCGUCUACCUCGCCAGGCUGCGGGACGGCGCGCCCGUCGCCGUCAAGGUGCACCGCUGGUGCGGCGGCGAGCGCCGCCUGCGCGCGUUCCGGCAGGAGCUCGACCUGCUCCGCCGCAUCCGCCACCCGCGCAUCGUCGCGCUCAUCGCCUACUCCGACGACCACGAGGAAGGAGGCGCGCUGGUCCUGGAGUACCUCGCCGGCGGCACGCUCGCCGACCGCCUCCAUGGCGCCACGGCCCCACUGUCGUGGCCCCAGCGCAUGCGCAUCGUCCACGACGUCGCCUGCGCCCUGGAGCACCUGCACGACGCCUCCGCCGGCGCGCCCCCCGUGGUGCACGGCGAUGUCUCGGCGUCCAACGUGCUCCUCGACAGCCGGGGGCUCGGCGCGCGGCUCUGCGACCUGGGCUCCGCCUGCGAGGGCUUCUCGGCCGCCGUGGCGCCCACGCGCGCCGCCGUGGGCUCGCCGGGCUACGCCGACCCCUUCUUCCUCCGCACGGGCAUCGUGUCCAAGAAGUCCGACGUCUACAGCUUCGGCGUGCUGCUGCUCGAGGCCGUCACGGGCAUGCCGGCCGCCGGCGCGCCCGGGUCGGAGAACCUGGCUCCCCGGAUACUGCCGCGCGUCAGGGCGCAGGGGGUGGCGGGGCUCGUCGACGGCAGACUAGGGGAGGGGUACGACGAGGAGGAGGCCGGCGACGUGGCGAGGAUCGCCGUGGAGUGCUUAGCGGCGCAGCCGGGGCUCCGGCCGGCGAUGGGGCUGGUGCGUGCGACCAUAGCGGAGAAGGCGGCGAGGUCCAUUGCCAAGGCUGAUCUCGGUGACCACCAUAUUCAGCUGAGCAAGCUGUUGGAGCUCACAUGAUUCAGGAAUCAGGACUUGCUUGCUUCCCAUUUUCCUAGCACAUUGUUUGUUUAGAGUUAAGAUGUCUUAGCUUCACCCCGUCUCCUUUUAUUUUGUGUGUUUGUUCUUGUAGUAUAGUCGUAAAAUCGUUUCGUUGUUCUAGUAGGGUACAAAGAUCGAUGGCGAAAACUUAGGCUUGUGAGAAAAAAUGAUUGUGCAUUAGAGAAGACUUGAGAUUGACCAAAGUGAAAUGUAAAUACGGAUGGAAUUAUCUUAGCGUUUUCUUUGGUAAAUUUAAUGUUAGUGUGGCCCA